UCACAAACAAACCCCCACCCUUUCCCUUUAAAAGUCAAACCCUGGAAGCUCAUUUGGUCAACCAACCAACAAUGGAGAUCACCGAAUUGGUAUUCAUCCCGUCACCAGGGCUGAGCCACCUCAUCGCCACCGUGGAGAUGGCCACGCUCCUCCUCGAACGGGACCGCCCCCGCCCCCGCCUCUCCAUCACCGUCCUCAUCAUGAAGUCACCCAACAACACCGCCGUCGCCAACUACGUAGAAAAAAUCUCCAAUACGACGUGGAUUUGUCAUCCCCGCUUCAUCAAUCUUCCCGGCGAAGAAGAAUCAACCACCACCCCUUCUUCCGACACAUUUAUAUUCGAUUUCAUCGACAGCCAGUCAACCCACAUCAGAAAAAUCAUCUCCGAUAUUAUCGCCGACGAACGACAACAACCUAGUUUUUCCCUACUGGGUGGUCUGGUUCUCGACAUGUUCUGCACCAAAUUCGUCGACAUCGCCGACGAAUUCGGCAUCCCGGCGUAUGUCUUCUUCACCUCCGGCGCGUGCAGUCUCGGCUUCUUCCGCCACCUGGCGUCGCUUAAAUUCGAUCAGGGACAAGAUCUGACUCAGUACAAGGAUUCGGACAUGGAGUUGUCUGUCCCGUGUUUCUCGGUCCCGGUUCCGGCCAAGGUCUUUCCGGCUACGUUGGUCAAAGAAGGCCCCAUGGCGGAUAUUUUCUUGGAUCGCUUCAGAAGAUUGAAAGAUACCAAGGGUAUUGUGGUCAACACUUUCUACGAGCUCGAAUCCUACGCCGUUGACUUUCUCCAGUCCGGCGGAAAAAGUCAAACCCCCAGAAUUUACCCAAUCGGGCCCGUUUGGAACUUAUACAAAUACAAUAGUGUUGAUGAUGACGUCAGCAAUUGGCUGGACGAACAGCCGGAAAAGUCGGUGGUUUUCUUGUGUUUCGGGACAAUGGGAAGUUUCGACGAAUCCCAGGUUAGGGAAAUAGCGACGGCGUUAGAGAAGAGUGGGGCCCGGUUCUUGUGGUCGUUGAGAAAGCCAGGGGCAAAAGGGUCAAAGAGACAGCCUCCGACGGAGUACGAAUCUUUUGACGAAGUUCUGCCGGAGGGGUUUCUAGAGAGGACUAAGGGGAUCGGAAAGGUGAUCGGGUGGGCGGAGCAGGUGGCGGUGCUGUCGCAUCCGGCGGUGGGGGGUUUCGUUUCGCACUGCGGGUGGAAUUCGAUUUUGGAGAGCGUUUCGUUGGGUGUUCCGAUAGCUACUUUUCCGAUGUACGCCGAGCAGCAGCUGAACGCAUUCCAGCUGGUGAAGGAACUAGGGAUGGCGGAGGAGAUUAGUAUAGACUACAAGAUUGAUUUUAAGGGAGAUAGUCCGCCGGAGAUUGUUGGAGCGGCGGAGAUAGAGGCGGCGAUACGGCGGUUGAUGACGGCGGAGGAGGAGGGUGGAGGUGGGGUGAGGGGGAAAGUGAAGGAGAUGAUGUACAAGAGCAACUUGGCUUUGCGUGAAGUUGGUCCUUCUUUCAAUGCUCUCUCUCUUUUUAUUGAGGAUGUUAUUACAAAUGCUAUAGUUAGCGGUGUUCUAAUCGGUAAUGUCGGUUGAUAUAUCGGCGGCCAUAUCAGUGGCGUGUAUAAACCAUUACGAAAUUUGUGUGGCGGUUUUGAAAAUUGGGUUUUUUGAGACGAUCUAAGGCGGUAUUUGGCAGGUCAAACCGAUAUAUGCGGUCAUAAUAUAUCGGAAAAAUAUUUGUUUCUAUUUUUUUUAUUACAAGAAAAAUAAGAUUUUUAUUGUUUAUCUUUUUCAAUUUCAACUCAUUAUCUCUUUCAAUCUGGUAAGAUAAUUGAGGAAAAUUUGAUAUGUAUUCUUCUUCAUAGGAGGCACUAUUUAUGACAUAGAGAGAAAGCUAUAUAAGGAAACAACUAAUUACAAUGAAAUCAAAUCUCCUAACUUAUGUAAAGUAUAUCAAAUCAAAUCCCUAAUUAUUCUA